AUGUCGUUGCCACCAACGGACGCUAGGGCCGCGCACAAGGCAAAAGAGGCGAAGAAAUCCGAGUCGCCGGAAAAGGAGCAGAAUUUGCGAGCAGUAGUCGCGCGCAAGGUGCAUCGUCCGCUGCGCUCGCGGGAGGAGGAGAAGGCGGCGUAUGGGCGCGUCUUUACUGGCUGUGGCUUGCAGUCGGACUACGAGGUCACGACGAAGCUCGGAGAGGGUACUUUUGGCGAGGUGCACAAGGCUCUCCAUAGCUCGACCAACCGACUCGUCGCGCUGAAGCGCAUCCUCAUGCACAACGAGAAGGAGGGCAUGCCGGUGACGGCGUUGCGCGAGAUCAAGAUCUUGAAGGCCCUGAAGCACCCACACAUUGUCCCCCUCGUCGACAUGUUCGUCGUACGCAGCAAUCCCAAGGACCCGCUUUCGGUGUACAUGGUGUUUCCGUACAUGGACCACGAUCUCGCUGGUCUACUGGAGAACGAGCGCGCGCAUCUGCAGCCUAGCCAUAUCAAGCAGUAUAUGAAGCAACUGCUGGAGGGCACGGAGUAUAUGCACAAGAAUAACAUCGUCCAUCGUGAUAUGAAGGCGGCAAACUUGCUCAUUAACAACGAGGGCUGCCUCCAGAUCGCUGAUUUCGGCCUUGCGCGGGCAUUCGAUCCGAGGGUCUCGCAGGGUUUGGUGGACAAGCGGUACACAAACUGCGUGGUGACGCGCUGGUACCGUCCGCCGGAGCUCUUGCUCGGUGCGCGGCAGUAUGGUGGCGAGAUCGACCUCUGGGGUAUUGGCUGCGUCCUCGGCGAGAUGUUCGUACGACAUCCUAUCCUGCCAGGCUCCUCCGACCUCGACCAAGUCGACCGCAUUUGGCAGCUUUGCGGUACACCAAACCAGCAGACCUGGCCGAACUUCGACGAGCUUCCGGGAUGCGAGGGCGUUCGGCGCUUCCAGCAAUAUCCGAAGCAGCUUCAUAAGCAGUUCCAUGCCUUCGGAAAGGAUACGUGUAGCUUGCUGGACGCGCUGUUGACGUGCAACCCGCGCGAGCGUAUCACGGCGACCGAGGCGCUCGACCAUGAGUGGUUCUGGAAUGCGCCGUUCCCGGCGGAUCCUAAGAAGUGCGUAUCACUUUCUCUUCCUCCAAACCGACCUUACUAA